GAGAUUGAUUUGAUGCUUUGCCUGCUCGUUCAGUGUUGGAGAGAGCAAGCUGCAGCUGUCUGGUUUGCUCGUGGUUGCUUGUCCGCACAUUGCUGAUUGAGUUUCAAGAUGUGUGGUAUCUGGGCCCUGUUUGGCAGCGAUGAGUGCCUUUCUGUUCAAUGUCUCAGUGCUAUGAAAAUUGCCCACCGGGGACCUGACGCAUUUCGAUUUGAAAAUGUCAAUGGGUUUACCAAUUGCUGCUUUGGAUUCCAUCGAUUAGCAAUCGUAGAUCAAUUAUAUGGCAUGCAGCCUCUCCGUGUCAAGAAAUUCCCUUAUUUGUGGCUCUGUUAUAAUGGUGAAAUUUAUAAUUACAAGCAGUUACAAAAGCAUUUUGAAUUUGAAUACCAAACAUUGGUGGACGGUGAGGUUAUUCUUCAUCUCUUUGAUAAAUUUGGAAUUGAGAAAACCACAGCUUUACUGGACGGUGUGUUUGCUUUUGUUCUUCUGGACACAGCGAAUAGAAAAGUCUAUAUUGGACGUGAUACAUAUGGUGUCAGACCACUCUUUAAACUCCUUACAGAUGAUGGAUUCUUGGCAGUUUGCUCUGAAGCAAAAGGUCUUAUUAACCUAAAACAUUCCAUGACCUCAUGUCCAGAGGUUGACCCAUUUCUACCGGGUCAUUGUGAAAUUUUUGAUUUAAAACUAAAUGGAAAAGUUGCUUCAGUGGAAAUCGUAAAGUUUCACAGCUGCAAACAAGUACCUAAGCAUGCGGAGUAUGACUCCCUUGGAAAACUGCAAUCAGGAUUUGAUCGGGAAACCGUAAAAAGAAACAUUUGUCUCCUGUUUGAAAAUGCUGUCAGGAAGCGUUUAAUGGCACAAAGAAGAAUUGGUUGUCUUUUGUCAGGUGGUUUGGACUCUAGCCUGGUCGCAGCAACCCUUCUGAAACUAAUGAAAGAAAGCACUCAUUCUUAUCCUUUACAAACUUUUGCAAUAGGCAGCGAUGAUAGUCCUGAUUUACUGGCUGCCAGAAAGGUUGCAUCCCAUAUCGGCAGUGAGCAUCAUGAAAUCAUGUUUGAUGCAGAAGAAGGGAUUCAGGUAGUAGAUGAGGUUAUUUUCACCUUGGAAACCUAUGACAUCACAACUGUACGAGCUUCUGUUGGAAUGUAUUUGAUUUCCAAGUACAUUCGGAAAAAAACAGACAGUGUGGUGAUAUUUUCAGGAGAGGGCUCCGAUGAACUUACGCAGGGAUACAUUUAUUUUCAUAAGGCACCAACACCAGAAGAGGCUGCAGAAGAUAGUGAGCGCUUGCUAAGGGAACUUUAUUUGUUUGAUGUACUUCGUGCUGAUCGAACAACUGCUGCACAUGGCCUUGAACUCCGAGUGCCAUUUCUGGAUCAUCGCUUUACAUCUUAUUAUCUGUCGUUGCCUCCAGAGCUCAGAAUUCCAAAGAAUGGAAUUGAAAAAUACCUCCUGAGGGAAGCUUUUGAAGAUUCUGACCUUCUUCCAAAAGACAUACUGUGGAGACCAAAGGAAGCCUUUAGCGAUGGUUUAAUGUCUGUCAAGAAAUCUUGGUACACAGUUCUUCAGGAAUACAUUGAACAGCAGGUGGAUGACAUUAUGAUGGAGAAAGCCCCUGAGAAAUUUCCUAUUAAUACACCCAAAACAAAAGAAGGUUAUUUCUAUCGCCAGAUUUUUGAAAAAUACUAUCCGGGACGUGCUGGUUGGUUGACUCAUUACUGGAUGCCCCGAUGGAUCAAUGCCACAGAUCCAUCUGCUCGCACACUGAAGCAUUACGUGUCUACCAUGUCUGCAUAGAGUUCAUUUAAACUGGAGAAAUAAAAGAUUUAUUCCAUCUUAA